GGGACCGCUACACGCCUCACUAGUUCUCGCCUCGCAUUGCAAGCGCUGCGCUAGCGCAUCUUGUCAAAAUUGCACAUGCAGCAGCACAUUUGAAUUGUGUCCCCUGCUAGCGGCCAUUCUACUGGUCAAUUCGUCUGCUAUUCCUUCCCCAAUCCACCGAGGGAUUGCCUUUGCUUUCUUAAGAGCCACGAGAUGACCUAGAAGGAAUUACUAAGCUGUCACGCUUGCAAGGCUUUUAACCCGGUGGAAGUGCUCGCUGAUUGUUCUGCUUUUCCACUUUUCCCUGUCUCCAGGCUUCUUUGUUUAGGGUACAAUUGAUCGUCAUCAAGCUGGGUGAACACCUCGUGGACACCCACUUUUCUUAUCAGCAGACGAGGUCAAGAUGGGGGCAGAUAUCAUUCUGGAUACGCAGAUCAGGGACUGGGUGCUGGUCCCAAUCACGCUGGUGAUGUUCCUGAUUGGAGUGUUAAGGCAUUACAUGACCAAGGCGCUGCAGUCAGAGAAGAUUGGCGAGCCAAAGACGAUCAGAGAGUCACAAUCCAUCAUGAGAGCACGCUUUUUGAGAGCGAACGCUGGGUACAUUCCAGCGACGUCUUUUCGGAUGCGAAGGGCGUACUUCAACAACAAGGAAACUGGUCUCUUGGUGCAGCAGAAGAAAGAUGCGCCCAACGCUGGGGCGCAGAUGAUGCAGGACCCCAGCUUUGCUGUCAACAUGAUGAAGAACAACCUCAGCUACAUGCUACCUCAGAGUCUUACCUUCGCAUGGAUCAGCUUCUUCUUCUCUGGUUUUGUGGCUGCCAAGAUUCCCUUCCCCCUGACUCAGCGGUUUCGGAGCAUGCUUCAGCGGGGCAUCGAGUUGGGGUCACUCGAUGUCACCUACGUCAGCAGCCAGUCAUGGUACUUUCUGAACCUGUUCGGGCUGAGAGGGGUUUUCAGUCUCGUACUUGGGGAGGGCAACGCCGGCGAUGACACACAGAAAAUGAUGCAAGCACAAAUGAUGGGCAUGGGGGGUGGUCUCGGGCCAGAUGCUGCCAAGGCUUUUCAAGCUGAAACGGAUGCUUUGGAGCUGACGCAACACGAGUGGAUACUUCCACAAAUUGAGCAACACGCGGAGGAGACUCUGAGAAGGGUCCUACGUGAACGGAGUUGAGGACACGGACCCGUUUGUUCGUGUUUGCAAUGCUUCGACAAACUUUUUAUUCUUUGCAACUCACUACGAGAUUGCUUAAGAUGGUAAUAUGUACUUAGAGCGUUUUCGCCAUGCCAUUGUAUGUACGUAAACCAGGCAUGCUCGUGUUGGGC